AUGAACUCAACUCGCGAAGAUAAUACUUUGCAAAAAUCUCAAGAUGCGCCAAAUUUUUUAUGUGCUCAAAACCUUCCCGCUUCAUUUAUCCCAUCAGUUCCAUCGCAGAUAUAUCCUCCAACAGAAUCGUUCGGGAAUGCGUUAUUUGUUGGCAAUAUAAAUGCAGACAAUUCAGGAAACUCCUUUCAAAUUGUUUCUCCGAAUAGUUUCUCCGCAGUUCCAGCAACAGCAGUCUCUAUACCAAUGUUGCAAUCUUCACAAAUGAGUGCUUCAAACAUUUUACCAGAGAACAAAGCAUUGCCAUUAGAUGAGAGGGAUGAAUCGAAGAGAGGCAUGAUUCAGUGGUUCCAACAAACUUUACAUCAGUCGGAAUUUUUGUCUAAAAUGGCUAGCAAAGCUAAGUCUGGACUGGAUUCUGUAUUAACGACAUUGGAUCCAGGGAUGAGAGAUUUCAUUGAGGGUAAUGAUGUACUCUAUGCGUUUCUUCUUUCUGAAGGUAAUAUGCGCAUCACUGAAGCCAUCAAACAAGGUCUGCGCCAGGCAUUUAAUGAAUUAAUAUGCGAUGUGUCACCUGCUGGAUCUGAAGCGAUCAUCAACUAUCAAAUUAUUGGACAUGUUUCAGCUUGGCAGAGAGCAAAAGAACGUCUGACCACUUUUCGAAAUGAAACUACUUUAGGAUCAGAAACUGUGUUAAUCGUAGUACAGCCAUUUUUAUUUCAAAUCAGUGAUUAUUGGUUUGACUCCUCCUUAAUUCUUGCUCAGAAAGAAGGAAUAGAAGUUAGUGUUUUCACACAGGCGACGCAAAUUGAUAGUGAUGUGAUUACUGUGUUGAAAAAGCAUACUCCAAAAGGUGAUUUACAUGACUCAUUUGCCACGACCGUUGGUUAUGGGUAUGCAGAAUUGUAUGGCGGUGAUCCCAAUGAUUGGCACCAAAAUAUUUUAUCGUUUUCUUCUUUUGAACUUUAUCGAGCAGCAGCAUUUUCACUUGCAGCAAAUCUGAAGCGAAUUCUAGCAGCCUAA